AUGUCCGCGGUGUCUUUGAACGUCUCGCUGCUCGUCGCGCAGACGUCGCUGACGCUUCACGGCCUGCAGCAGCUGUCUGACCACCGGCUGCUCUUCUUCUUCCUCUUCCUCUCAAACUUCCUGUUCGCGCUGUGCAGCGACGGCCUCAUACUGGUAGUGAUCUUAACGCACCACAGCCUCCAUAAACCCAUGUACGUGUUCGUGGCCGCGCUGCUGCUGAACUCGCUGCUGUGCGGCUGCGCGAUCUACCCGCGGCUGCUGUGGGAGCUGCUGUGGGAGAGCGGCUCUGUCCUGCUGACAGUGUCUGCGUGUGCGGGUCAGGCGUGGGUUAUAUACGCUGCGGGCGGUUCGGCCUUCAUGUUGCUGGCGGCCAUGGCCUUCGACCGUUACGUCGCCAUCUGUCGCCCGAUGCGCUACGCCGCGGUGGUGUCGCCGCGCGCGGUGGCCGCUCUGCUCCUGUUCUGUUGGCUGCUGCCUGCCGCUUUGGUUGGAAGCAUCGUGCUUCUUGCCGCGCGCCAGCCGCUCUGCCACUCUAACAUCAGCCGGAUCUACUGUGACGUUUACAGCUUAAACAAACUCAGCUGCAGCGGAAAGGCGAUGCAGAUGACAGAGGUUCUCGCCCUGUUCAUAUCUGUUGUCAUCGUCGUUCUGCCCGCUGCUUUCGUACUUUUCUCCUACAGCAGCAUCCUUUAUGUCUGCCUGUGCCGCAUACGCGGCUCAAGCGGAAAAGCGUUGCGCACCUGCCUGCCGCACCUGCUGGUCUUCCUAAACUACAGCGCUUGCACCGCGGUGGAGCUGCUGCAGCGCCGCCUGCAGGCCGCAGACCAGCCUGCAUCCUCUGUUCUCACUUCGGUUGUGAUCAUUGUGGCUCAGUCCGUGUUAAACCCUGUAGUGUACGGCCUGAAUAUGAGCGCCAUCACCGGAUACAUCAGGCGGCUGCUGGGCAGCAGGAAAACCGAAUGAUUCAAAACGAGUCAGGGAAAGUGUAAAAUGUUAAGAUUGUUUCUGGAUCUGUAUAUUUCAGGAUAAGAUUUAUAGCUUAAAGAAAAUCACCCCGUCUUGUUCCACUGAUGUAUACCUAACAUUUCUGAUGCAAUUCUGUUUUGCACUUUCCAUGCAUUUUUUCCUUGUUUUAAAGACACAUUUAUGUAU